CUUCUCCCACUGGGCUUGCAGUUGGCCACAAGUUACUGGUCAUAAUCAGACGGUAUCCCCUCGAAUGUCGUGUACAUCGCCGCAGACCCAGACCGGUAGAUUGGGCUCAACAAGAAGGGCGGCCGGGAUUCUCCUCGAAACCGGUUAGUCCAAGUGGGUAUCGUCGUCGCUGCGCCGUCAGGUUGGGCGCUUGAAGACGCGACAAUGUAAUUUAUUUCACCAAUCAACUUGCCCUGGAUGCUGGGGGCGGCAGGCGCAGUCUUGGCCUCCUAUUUCUUUCUUCCCGGUUGGAUAUCAUGGUUUCCGCGGGAUAGUUGGGGGCCGAAGAGAAGGGCGUCGGUUCUUCAUUUUCCCUUUUGUCCCACCUCCCUUCUCUCUCGUUCUUGUUGAACAUAAUGUGAACGCAAGUUAUCCAUCACCAUUUUCAGGACGAGCCGCAAUGUUAUGGGGCGUGAUCAUCGCCGCCUGGGCCGGGUGGUCGCUGGCGGCAGAGUGUCCCGAACCACCCUCGCCGUUAACGCUUCCCAUUACGGAUACUCAAGUCGAUCCUGGGGUUCCUGGAUCCCUUAUGAGAGGUAUACCGGUGGAAAUCGGCACUCCGCCCCAGAAACUUGUCGUGCUUCCUUGGCCAGACUUAAACAAUACCUACCUUUACGACGACCAGUCCUUUUGCGGCACGCAUGUAAUCGAUGACGAAGAUAUUUGUCGUGUUCGCCGCGGUGGAUACUACUUCGAAACCGAAUCUACCAGCUUCACCAAAACAAUAGACCUUAUCGGCGCAGGCGGUGCCCCGGUGGAGAUCGGCACGAAGGGCUCAGAAUCAGGAAUCCCAAGGCUUGUAUCCACCAGCCUCGCUGGCACGGACAGUUUUGCCGCCGGCGGCAACGACGCCGUGACGAUUCCCGUGGGAAUCCCUCGGUUUCAAUGGGACGGGGGAUUUACGGUUGCUCAUGCGCUCGGUUUGGGGCCAAACUCGACCUACCUCAACGCCCUGGUUGCGGCACGCAAGAUCCCUUCCCGGGUGUGGUCCAUUUUCUGGGGCCGUAUGUGGACGGGCAGCGCGGACAUGGACGGCUCGAUCGUACUCGGCGGGUACGAUCAGGAGAAGGUGAUCGGGCGAAACUUCACGGAGAAACUUGAUUAUAGCGAGUCGAUGGGCUGCUGGACUGGCAUGAAGGUUACCAUCGUGGAUGUCAUCGCCAACUUCCCACACGCAGCUGACGUGAGUAUCAUGUCCGCCAAUUCCGCGGUAAGGUCUUGCAUCGUUCCACAACGGCAACUCCUGUGGGAAGCCCAGGCCGAUAUCGUGACCGACUUGCGGAAGAGGACAGGCUUGGUGUCCAAAGGUGGCCUGUCAUCCACUGCAUUCCAUGCGCUCUCUACGGGGCUCAACAUGACGGCAACCGGUUCAGGCUAUGAUGGUGACCUAACGUUUGUCCUGUCUUCGGGUCUGCGCGUCCGCGUGCCAAACAACCAGUUCAUCGUUCCACGAGUCGCGUAUUCCGACGACGGUUCCCGCAUCAUUGACGAAUCCAAAAAGGACCUCCUUAUAUACGGGGUCACCGGGAACCAACCAUCGACUCUCGGCCGCUACUUUCUAACUUCCGCCUAUCUCAUGGUGGACCACGACGCCGGAACAUUCACCAUGUGGCAAGGCAACCCAUCCACUAAAAGUAGCCUAGUUUCGGUAUCCGGUACCGACCAAGAGUGUGAUGCAGGGAGCAGCGGGGAUGGUAACGGAAGCGCCGACGGAGGUAAUACGGACAGUGGAGAGGGCAGCGGCGGUGGAGAUGGCGGCGGCGGUGGCAGUGACAACCAGGGCAACCGCGAGUCUUCCCCCGAGAUAACCAUGAGCACUGGUACAAUCGUAGGGGCGGCCGUGGGUGGUGCAGCAGGUCUAGCUUGCAUCGUAGCCCUAGUUCUAUUUUUGUUCUGCAGACGCCGGCGACAGCGAGGGAUGGAGACGGCCGGCUUCCUACCAGACGAUGUCAGAGCGCCAUAUCCCAGUUCAGAGCCGAAAGAGAUAGCGGGCUCAUCCACGGCCACGGAACUGGCCGCGGGGGGGCCCCGGCCAGAGCUCAACGGUGACUACUUUCCCGGCUAUGAGCUACAUGGGUCUGCGCUGCCAUACGGGGGCCAGGGGAGAUAUUGACUUAACCCGGGCUAAGUACGUAUCGAGUGGGUGAAUGGGG